AUGAAGGCGACGAGCCCAACGUCGCGAUUCCCAGCACGUCUUCCGAAACAAAUACAAAGGGCGCUGCCCAUCUAUGUCGCGCUCAUUCUCGUCGUUGUAUUUUUCUGGACCGCAGAAUCAGUAUCGUCAUUUAGAUUAGCCGUUGUUUGGGACCGGGUUCGAGCGUACCAAACAUCGUCUGUUGUCACCACAACCUUCACCAGGAAAAUUUGGCAGACGUGGAAGAUCGAUCCUUUAGAAUUCGAGGAACGAGAUUUGUCGCGUGCGAGGAGUUGGCCGUCCAAGAAUCCCGGCUAUAGAUACGAGGUGCUGACCGAUGGAAACGAUUUACAUUAUGUUGAGACGAAUUUCGGGCCCGCAGGCCUAAAUCGUCCCGAUAUUGUAUAUUUCUACAAAUCGCUAACGGCGAAAAUCAUCAAGGCGGAUCUGUUAAGAUACUUGAUAUUAUACAACGAGGGAGGGGUGUACGCGGAUAUUGAUGUGGAAGCAUUGAAACCGGUAGACGAAUGGAUCCCUCCCCACUUCGACAAGGCAGAUCUCGACCUGGUCAUCAGCGUCGAGAUCGACGAGCCCACGUAUGCGAACCAUAGCAUCCUUGGUCCCAAAUCACAAUCCUUCUGCCAAUGGACCAUCAUGAGCAAACCGCGGAAUCCAGCUAUCCUGCGGAUCAUCAACAACGUUAUCAAUUGGUUGACUGAAGUCGCGCGAGCGCAGAACGUGCACGUUGCCGAAAUCCAGCUCAAUUUUGACGACGUGCUGAGCGGGACUGGACCCUCUGCGUUUACCACCGCCAUGCUCUCCGAGAUGAAGAGGCAAACGGGGAUGAAGCACAUCCCAUGGAGUACGUUCCACAAUUUGACAGAGCCAACCCUCGUUGGGCGGAUUUUGGUUUUGACCGUCCAUGCAUUUGCCUCAGGACAGGGACAUUCGAACUCGGGCACACACGAUGAUCCAAGAGCGCUCGUUAAGCACCAUUACCAUGCUUCGAAAUGGCCAGACCGGCAUCCCAGAUACAGCCACCCUGGCUAUGGCAUGGUGGAGGAGUGCAAUUGGAAGCCAGAGUGUGUGCAAGCAUGGGACAACAACACAGCGGCAUACCCAACUUUGAGCGAGGAAGAGAAGGAGAAGGUACUUGCAGCGAAGAAGAAGGUUGACGCGGACAGGUUCAACAAGGAGGAAGAGGAAAAGGCAAAUCGUGAGAGGGAAGAUCGGGAGAGGAUAGACAAAGAAACCCGUGAGAAGUGCGAGAAGCUGGAUCCGCCGUUCGAGAUGCCGAAGCCGGAACAGCACCAUGAUGAAGAGCACCAUGACGACCAGAACCGGAACAACGGAGAGCAAAGACCUGAGGAACAUAAAGAGGAACACAAGCAGGAGCAGAAACCUGAAGAGCACAAGCAGGAGCAUCAGCAACAAGACGGCUGGAUGUUACUUCAAGACACCCUCGACGGAGAGAACAAAGUGCACAAAGAAGUCGAGCCCCCACACAUUGCGCCAAUCGACCCCAAACCCGAGACAUGA